AUGGCCACCAUCACAACCAUCAAGGCCCGUCAGAUCUUUGACAGUCGUGGCAAUCCAACCGUCGAGGUUGAUUUGACAUGUUCCAAUGGCACUUUUGUUAGAGCUGCUGUUCCAAGCGGUGCAUCCACUGGGAUUUACGAGGCACUUGAAUUGAGAGAUGGAGGAUCCGACUACCUUGGAAAGGGUGUAUCAAAGGCUGUUGGCAAUGUGAACAGCGUUAUUGCCCCUGCAUUGAUUGGCAAGGACCCAACUCAGCAGACAGCUAUUGACAACUUUAUGGUUCAACAGCUUGAUGGAACUGUUAACGAAUGGGGUUGGUGCAAAGAGAAGCUUGGAGCAAAUGCCAUAUUGGCAGUGUCUCUUGCAGUCUGCAAAGCUGGUGCCAGCGUCCUGAAAAUUCCUCUUUACAAGCACAUUGCAAAUCUUGCUGGUAACAAAAAGUUGGUUUUGCCUGUUCCUGCUUUCAAUGUCAUUAAUGGUGGAUCACAUGCUGGAAACAAACUUGCUAUGCAGGAGUUUAUGGUUCUUCCCGUGGGAGCUUCCUCUUUCAAAGAAGCCAUGAAGAUGGGCGUAGAAGUAUAUCACAAUUUGAAGUCUGUGAUUAAGAAGAAAUACGGUCAAGAUGCAGUAAAUGUUGGUGACGAAGGUGGCUUUGCCCCUAACAUUCAGGAAAACAAGGAGGGUUUGGAAUUGCUCAAAACUGCCAUUGCCAAAGCUGGCUACACAGGAAAAGUUGUCAUUGGAAUGGAUGUUGCAGCUUCUGAAUUCUACAAGGAAGACAAAACAUACGAUUUGAACUUCAAGGAAGAUAACAACGAUGGCUCACAGAAGAUCUCUGGAGAUGCUUUGAAAGAUCUCUACAAGUCAUUUGUGUCAGAGUACCCAAUUGUGUCAAUUGAGGAUCCUUUUGACCAGGAUGACUGGGAGCACUACGCCAAGCUGACUGCCGAGGUUGGAACCAAUGUACAAAUUGUUGGUGAUGAUCUAUUGGUUACCAACCCCAAGAGGGUUCAGAAGGCAAUUGAUAUAAAAGCAUGCAAUGCUCUCCUCCUGAAGGUCAACCAAAUUGGUACGGUGACCGAGAGUAUUGAAGCUGUUAGGAUGUCCAAACAAGCUGGAUGGGGUGUCAUGGCCAGUCACAGAAGUGGAGAAACCGAGGAUACCUUCAUUGCUGACCUUUCUGUUGGUUUGGCAACGGGUCAAAUUAAGACUGGAGCCCCAUGCAGGUCAGAGCGUCUUGCUAAAUAUAACCAGCUCUUGAGAAUUGAGGAGGAGCUUGGUGCUGAAGCAGUGUAUGCUGGAGCUAACUUCCGCACCCCGGUUGAACCCUACUAA